AUGCGUCCUGCACUCCGGCUUCUGGCCAAUUCCAAGCCCCGGUACCUGGAGCCUUUCGCUCCUACCGGAUUGACCGGCCUCAACACUCACCCGAGCCCCCGUCCGACUUUGAUCUACUUGUACACAUCCACUCUUCAGAAGUUGCAGGCUUUCCCCGAGAACUCUGCCUACCGCAAGUCCGUCGAGGCUCUUAGCCGCCACCGACUUCAGAUUGUUGAGGCGCACAAGCCCACCGGUUUCGAUGCCUGGUUGGAGCGUGUGAAGAAGACCGUUGGUGCCGAGCCCGAGCGCUUUGCUCAACUCCAGCGUCCCGACGGCUCUUUCUCUUUUGUCGCCAAGCAGGAGGCCGAUUUUACCGAUGAACCCCGUGGCAUGGAAUGGGAUGGCGAGAAGAUCACCCUGGGAACUGAGGGUCCUGCCCGUACCGCUCAAGAAUCCGCUGAGUGGCACAAAAUCAUGGAGGAGGCUACCACAACGGCCGACAAGUCCGAGGCUGAUCACCAUGAGCUUUCUAUGAAGUGGGAGAACGAGCCUGCUCUGACCGCCGACCAAAUUUCUGCCAUUGAGAACGAGAUCGGCGCCGGUCUUAUUGAGGAGGUCAUUCAGGUUGCUGAGCACGAGCACGAGCUCGUUAACGAGAUGCACAAGAAGAAAGUUUGGGAGGAGUUGGAAGAGAAGCCCGCUCCUGGCCAGUGGUCUUACUUUGAGCGUGGUAACUGA